AUGCUUUGGCCCUUUUUCAGCAACACCAGCUCAUUGAUAAUUCCUCUGAGUGGACUUGUUCGCGUCACAACGGAUGCGUCGGGCAAUGUCUACGCAACGAGUAAUACAGCCAAUACAGUUACUCGUUAUCCGCAGGGUUCAACCAGCGGUACAGUGAUGGUUUCAAGUGGUUUAAUCUACCCAUGGGGUCUUCGAUUCGAUACGUAUGGCAACUUAUACGUAGUUGAUGAUGGUGGUGGAACAAUCGUCAUGUUUUGUGCUGGUUUUUCGGCCGGUUCAGUUGGCACUAUUGUUGCAAGUGGACUCAACCAGCCACUUGAUGUUGCUUUUGAUUCCAACAUGAAUUUGUAUGUUUGCGAAUAUGGAAAUAAUCGAAUAGUGAUGUUUACCAAAGUGCCUUAGCACUAUCCUGCAAGUGAAGUUCAUCACAUACCGAAUUAAUUUUGUUUUAUCACAUCAAAGCUUGUUUUGUACGAUUCUUCUCGUUCUGCUGGAAUUUUUGACAUUUUUUUGUGUUUUACUCAUCUUUACUCGGCAUUUUCCUUUUUGUUCACUACUACCAUUCUAUUCUCGCAGACUUUCAUUGAAUUCGACUCAUUUCUGUCAACCUGUUUGGCAAAAUGCCUCCAUUUCUCUUCGUUUCCUUGCCAUUUGAGUCAAUUUUUUGUGUUCAUUGGGACUCAUCAUAAUUUCAUGUUUCUUCUUGUUAACUCUAUGAUUCGAACGUUUUCGAUAGAUAUUCGAGUUACUUCGUAAACACACUCAAAAACGAUGUAUUCAUGGAAAGGAUGACUUUGACGGAUCAGUAGGCGUACAGAAGAGGGCAUGGGUGUGAGCCUGGGGUGUGGGUGUGCGUGGGUGUGAGUGUCGGUUUGAGUGGGUGUGGGUACUAGUGUGGGUGUCGGUGUGGGUGGGGCUGGGGCUGGGGGUGGGGGGGUUGGUGUUAAUUCAUUUUAGUAUAGCCCACACUCACACACCCCCACCCCCACACCCUCACCCGCACCCAUAUCCACAUCCACACCCACACCCACACACCCACACACCCACACCCACACUCACACACCCACACCCACACUCAC